AUGCGAGGCGGCAAGGAGCCGACGACGAUCGAGAAGGCGCUGGUGACCGAGACCAAGGAGAGGCUUGUGGUGACGUGCGAGGUUGUCAAACUGAAGGAUCUCGUCUCCACGGAGGCAGUGAGGGUCGUGGUGGAGGAUCUCGGCCUGAACAAGUCUAAGGAUCCUGCUUUGGGAUUCCAGCCGCCCAGGAUGUCCAUCACAGAGAAGUUGAUGUUGACCAAGAAAAAGAUGGAAGUGUCCAAGGAAACAAACGUGCAUUCAUCAGUUCAUUCCUCUCAACAGCUUCCUGUAAGUGUUGGUGCAAAAUCUGAAUCUCGUGGUACCAUUGCAUCUGGUGCUUCUAUGAUUUCACAGGACAAGAGUCCUAUGCCAACAUCCUCUGGAGGCUUUCAUAAUUCUUCAACUAUAUCUCAUGUUCCUGUGCUGGUCUGGGCUGCCCCUAAUUUGAAGCAGUCACUGAUUAGUGAUGCACAAGCUAGUGUCAAUACCAUUAAACAUUCAUCUAGUUCCCGUGAUAAGGCUUUGCCUUCAGCACAUAAUGGAUUAAAUGCUAGACCUAGUGGACCAUCUUAUCUGACACAAGAUCAAGCUGAAAAUCCACCUCAUAAAAUCCCAACCAUCUCUUCCAUGCAAUCACCAUAUGUUGCUGCUGUGUCAAGGUUUAGCCAACCAAACAAAUUGUUGGAUCAUACUUCAAUUAGGUUAGAGGGUAUUGCCGGUACAAAUGCUAGCCAAUCUUCUCAUCAGAUGAUAAAUCAGGAAAUAAAGUCUUCUACAGUUCAUGCAGGACAAGGAGGCCUGCAUAUUACACAUCAACCUACUCAAGGCUUGGCAUUCUUUCAUGCACCUUCUCUUUAUACCAAUCACAAUGAGAUUGAUACAGAAAGUUUGCUUGUCUGUGAUGCUUAUGAGAAAGGAAACCAUUUGAAAUGUCUUCAAUCUUAUGGCAGCAAAGACAUUCCUAAAGCAGAAUGA